AUGUUUGAUGACUGGUCUGCUGGUCAAUUGCAGUGUGUGUUUAAUAAUAUUAAUAUGAAGAUACCAGAGUUCAGACAGAAAUUCCUUUGUUAUUUAAAAACAUUUGAUAUUUUACUCCAGAGACGAUUAGCACUAACCUGUGAUGUUAAUUUCAAAGAUACUGUACUGUUACAGUGUUGUCAGUAUAAAGACAUUCCUUGGAUUCAAUGGUGUUUUUAUCAUGGUGUUGAUGUUAGUCCAUUACAUGGAUCAGCAUAUUCGGGUCAUAAAGAGAUGGAAAAACUAUUACUUGCCAACAAGGCAGACAUUGAUAAAUGUACAAAUAAAGGUGCAUCACCUUUGUUAAUUUCUUGUGAGAAAAAUCAAAUAAAGGUGGUAAAGGUAUUACUGGAAAACCAGGCAGACAUUAAUAAGUGUUCAGAUGAUGGAUCAUCUUCAUUGGUUAUUGCUUCAUUGAUGAAUCAUAUACAUAUAGUAAAGUUAUUACUGGAAAACAAGGCAGACAUUGAUAAGUGUACAGAAAAUGGAGCAUCUCCUUUGCUUUUUGCUUGUCAGAAUAAUCACAUAGAGUUAGUAAAGGUAUUACUGGCUAACAAAGCAGAUAUUAAUAAGUGUAAACAUGAUGGAUCAUCUCCUUUGGUAAUUGCCUCUUGGAUGAAUCAUAUAAAUAUAGUAAAGAUAUUACUGGAAAACAAGGCAGACAUAAAUAUAAGUAAAUAUAAGUGCACAGAAAAUGGAGCAUCUCCUUUGCAUAGUGCAUGUGAGGGUAAUCAUAUGGAGGUAGUAAAGCUUUUACUUGAAAACAAGGCAGAUAUUAAUAAGUGUAUGGAUAAUGGGUCAUCUGCUUUGUAUUAUGCUUGUGGGAAUAACUAUAUUAAAAUAGUACAGGUAUUAGUGGAUAACAAUGCAGACAUUAAUAAGGGUACAAAUGAUGGAGCAACUCCGUUGUAUAUUGCCUGUCAGGAUAAUCAUUUAGAGGUAGUAAAGGUAUUACUGGAAAACAAAGCAGACAUUAAUAAGUGUGUAUAUGAGCUGUCAUCUCCUUUGUUUAUUGCCUGUCAGAAUAAUAAUAUAGAGAUAGUAAAACUAUUAAUUGACAACAAGGCAGACCUUAAUAAGUGUUCGGAUACUGAAAAAUCUCCUUUGUAUAUUGCUUGUGAGAAGAAGAAUAUACAGGUAGUAAAGUUAUUAUUAGACAAAAAGGCUGAUAUUAAUAAGUGCGGGGAUAAUGGGACAUCUCCAUUGUGUAUUGCUUGUGAGAAAAACUAUAUAGAGAUUGUACAGGUAUUACUGUAUAACAAGGCAGACAUUAAUAAGGAUACAAAUGAUGGUGCAACUCCGUUGUAUAUUGCUUGUGAGGAUAAUCAUAUAGAGGUAGUAAAGGUAUUACUGGAAAACAAAGCAGACAUUAAUAAGUGUCUAUAUGAGGGGUCAUCUCCCUUGUAUAUUGCCUGUCAGAAUAACCAUAUAGAGACAGUAAAGCUAUUAUUGGACAACAAGGCAGACAUUAAUAAGUGUAGAGGUGAUGGUGUAUCUCCUUUGUCAUGUUUGUAUACUGCUUGUUGUAAAACUCAUAUAGAGGUAGUAAAGAUAUUACUGGACAACACGGAAGAUAUUGAUACCUGUACAGAUAUUCUACCAUCCCCUUUUCAUGUUUAUUCCAUUAAUUUAUAG